AUGUCUCAAAUAACAGAGGAGAUCAGGGCAAGUGCAUCAGAGCUGUACAGAGGGAACGAAAUCUGCCAGGAGAAAUCGAAGUUCCUGCUGAAAGAAGUCGGGUUACCAAACGGGUUGUUACCCAUGGACGACAUGGAGGAAUGCGGGUACGUGAAGGACACCGGCUUCGUCUGGCUCAUUUCCAAGAAGAAAACAGAGCACAAGUUCAAGAUGAUCAGCAAGCUGGUUCAGUACUCCAACGAGGUCACGGCGUACGUGGAACAGAACAAGAUCAAGAAACUAACCGGGGUUAAGGCCAAGGAGCUGCUCAUGUGGGUCACCAUCAGUGAGAUUUAUGUGGAUGAGCCUUCCACCGGAGAGAUCCAUUUCAAGACCCCUGCCGGGUUAUCCAGGACUUUCCCUGUUGAUGCUUUUGUUGUUGAUGAACCCGUUAAGAAUAAUUCGGAUCCAGUUAACAAGGUUGAAGAUGCUGCUGCUGCUGCUCCUGCUGUGGAGGUCAAGGAGGUUUAG